AUGUAUUCACCAUUUACAGACUACUCGGCCUCGUCACACACCAAGUAUUGGUCUGUCCUUCCCCAUCUUUUGAACGCAUUCACUGACUCCUCGACAGAUCAGCAGGAUGUCGUUCUAGCCAUCACCAUACUUAUUACCAUCGUGGCCAUGUGGUACAUCCUCCAUCAGAUGAACGUGGUCAAGCCGGAGGUCAUCUAUGCCAGACGGAAAGUGCGUGGGACAAGCAUGGAAAAGCCGUCGGAUACGCUGGGAGCAACAUCCACACUCUUCGCAGGGGUUCCUGGAGACCUCGACACUAACCUGAUUCGUCGUCAACCCUUAUCAAUACUUCACCGGGAUAUUACGGACAUGGUCUGGAACCAACGGACCAUCCUCAACCCCUGGGUUCUCCGCCUCCAGACGAAGGACGUCUACCGAAUCUUAGCGGUUUCACGGGUCUUCGUCAAGGGCAUUCUACACUCCUGGAAGCUGUACAAGUAUCAGGAUUACUUAUACCCGUACCCUGAUCCCAUGAGCGAUACCCUCGAUUUAGCGAUUUAG